GCGGGUCUGCUUAUUUCGGGUCUGUCGCGGGGCGUCUGCGCGUUGCAGCUGCGGCGGCGAGGAGGAGCCUGAGCCUGGAAGAAGGGAAGGAAGGAAGAAAGGAAGGAGAAAGAGGAGGAGAAGGAGGAGAAGGAGGAGCCGCGGCUUUCCCUGCCUGUUUUGCGGCAUGCUGCAGCCCGGGAUGAGCUCCGCGGAGGACGGGCUCUGCAGCCGGGGCUCGGUCUCGGGGUCCCCGUCCCCCGGGGGGCCCUGGCUGCCCAGCCACGUGCAGGUGGGGGUCCUGGGGGCGCGGGGCCUGCGGGGCAAGGGCGGCCUUCCCGCCGGGGACGCCUUCGCCCUGCUCCAGCUCGGGCGCCAGAAGGUCCGCACCGCCGUCGCCCCCGACCGCACCGGCUGCCCCAGGUGGUCCGCCCCGCCCUGGGCCCUCGAGCUGCCCUCCGCCGCGCCCGCCACGCAGUCCGAACUCGGCCCAGAAGAGCCCGGCGGGGAGGCGCUCGUGCUGCGGGUGACGGUCCUCCAGCGCGCCCUGGUGGGGCCCGACCGCUUCCUCGGCACCGCCGCCCUCCCCCUCGGGCAGCUCCUCCACCGGGCCCGGAGGGAGGCCCACACGCAGUGGUUCCAGCUGCACUCGAAGCCCGGGAAGAAGGAGAAGGACCGCGGGGAGGUGGAGCUGAGCCUGCAGUUCACGCGCCACAGCCUGACGGCCAGCAUGUUCGACCUCUCGGCCAAGGAGAAGCCGCGCUCGCCCUUCGGGAAGCUCAAGGACAAGAUGAAGGGCCGGCACAAGUAUGAGCUGGAGUCGGCCUCGGCCGUGGUGCCCAGCAGCUACGGGGCCCUGGAGGACGAGGGCCCCGGCCUGGAGGGGGGCCGCAAGGGGCCGCGGCUGCCCAAGGCGGGCUUCUUCUUCAAGGGCAAGCUGCGCCGCUCCUCCCUGACCCGCUCCAACACCUCGCUCGGCUCCGACAGCACCCUCUCCUCCGCCGGGAGCCUGGCGGGCAGCGCCGGGAACGAGGCCCUGGCCCCCUCGCCCGCCCGGCACGGCAGCUUCUCCACUGACCGCUCCGUGAGAGACUUCCUGCCUUCCCCAAAGCUGACCCACAAGCGGGCCUUCAGCGACGAGGCCUCCCAGGUGGCCCUGCUGCCCGAAUCCAAAUCGGUCCAGAGCCUGAAGCCUUCCGGGAAGGAGCCCAUCUCGCGCUCCUCGCUCUGCAUCAACGGAAGCCAUAUUUACUGCGAGGAGCCGCCCCCCAAGCCUUCCUUCCUCUCCUCGCCCUCGGCUCCGGCCGCCCCGCAGAAGCCGCCAGACGAGGGGCCGCGUGGGCCCGACCCGGAAAUGCCCACCUGGUCUGGUGUCCGUGGGCAGAAGGGCCCCCCCAAGGACCCCCCCAGGUUCAUCCCCUCGCCGCCCAUCUUGGCCGCCCAGGAGGAGGACAAGCUGUCGGUCAAGACCAUCGCCCUGAACAAGCAGCGGGGCCGGGCCAAGAAGGAGGAGGCCCUGCGGGCGGAGGGCCGGCCGGUCCAGAUGGCGGCCCCCUUGGUCUUCUCCUCGGAGGUGGUCCGGGUCCGGCCGCAGGAGAGGGCCCCCAAGACGGAGCAGGAGGAGGAGGAGGAGAAGAGGAAGGCCCGGACCGGCUUCUUCCGCCGGCGCAGCAGCAGCAAAGACAGCGGGACGGGGCCCACGAGGGUCUCGUCAGAAAGCGGGGACCCCCAGGCCUCUCCGGGUCCGGCCAGCGCGGAAGAGCGGGGACGGAGCAGCAGCGCCAGCGGGUGGUUUGGCCGGCAGGACACCAAGGAGAGGAGGCCCAGCUCCCAUCCCGGCCUGCUUCCCGCCGCCGCAGAGCCUCCUCCCCGUUUCCCCUCCGGACCAGACCCCCAAAGACCCACCGCCGCAGCCCCCUCCUCGGAGUGGGACGACAGCUUCGAUGCCUUCGCCACCAGCCGCCUGAAGCCGGACGCCGAGAGUCCUCGGACGGACACUCCGGACCCCGAUGCAUCCCAGGGUGACCUGCUUCCAAAAGCCCCGGAUGCCGAGACUCCUCGGACGGACUCUCCGGACCCCGACGCGUCUCAGGGAGAGCCGCUUCCGAAAGCCCCCGACUUGUUGGACUUUGUGUCCGAAGAAGGGCGGCUGGACAACGAUGCAACCCUGACCUCCUACUUGGAAGCUCCCCCAAAUCCAAGAGAAGGAAACCGGACCGCAGAAGAGGGGGGUCUUGCAAGUCUCAGGGGAGCAGAGUGGACAGAGACGCCCGAGAGGAUAUCGAGCGAAGACCCUUCCCAGUGGGUUGGAAGUCUGGAGAGCGGCUUUGAGAGUCAAUGGGUCACUCCUGCCUCUGGACACCACUCCCCAGUGGUCAUUCAUCCAGGUGUUGGCUCAGAAGAUGUCUCUUCCAAGGGUCCGGAGAGCAGCAUCUUUGAAAGCCACUGGGCCACACCUGCUGCCCACAUCUUCCCAUCCUCAGUUGAUGUUCAUCCAGGUGUGGAAUUACCUGCAGGCCUCGCAGGUGAGCCUGCAACGAGGUCCUUCUCUGCUUUUGUUGGGACGUGGGAGACAAAUGACGUGGAACGGGAAGAAGAAGGGGGAGCUCUGGUCUCAAAGACACAAGCCGUGUCCGGGGCAGAAUCUCACACGGACCUGAAUGCCGGACAUGAUGUUGAUGAUGAGAGAGAGGAUGGAGAGUUGCAUGAGUGCAGGAGGGCAGAGACCCCGCCUCCGAAGCCCCCCAGGAGGUUCACCCCUCUCAGCCUCCAAGAAGAAGCCGGUGAGGCCAUUCGGGGACAGCCGGAGAGCGGUGAAGACGAGGCUGUUCCGUGCGAAGAGGGUGAGCCCCCGACGGAGACCGUUCUCCUGUCACCGAAAGUGAUGAUUGGAGUGGGUGUCAAUAUCCGAGCCAUAGGGAGGCUCCAACUGGCACCAGAACCCACAGGUGCUAACGAGACCCCCCAGGAGAUUUUUUGGGGGGAUACCACAGCUGAACAGUUGCCACUCUCUGCGGGAAAAUCGAGGCCGUCAGAGGAGGCGGCGGACGCCGGUUGCCUUGAAGAAGGCGACGGAGGGUGGGUUGGAUCUUCCACUGGGACGACCGAAGCCACCGAGGUCCCAGGUCUUGCUGGAGCGGGAUCAAUGGCACCGACGGAGGAGUUGCGAUGGCCAGUGGAGGCGAGCGGACAGCCUUCCCAGACUCUGAGCUCAUCGGCGUUCUUCUGGACCGCCUUGGAGGAGCAGCACGUGCCUCCCUCGCAGGACCGUCGUUCACGAAAACCACCUGAUGAGGAACGCUUCCCCGUUGAGGAGGAAACGAGAGAAGAGCCUUCCUCUGUCGGACUGAGUGAGGGGUCUCCCGCCGGCACCACGUCUUCCCCGGCUCCGUACCCAGCAAGCGGUUUCAUCAACAAGUCGGAGGCCUCCUCAAUCUGGUCCGACGACCAGGUGCUGGACUUCAAGCGGGCCGACUUCUGGCAGGCGGAAAGGGGGGAGCGCUGUCCCGACGCCGGGACCCCCGGCAACCCCUUUGCACCCCGCCCUCCUCUGCCUUCCCCCCAGAACAACCCCUUCGUGGAGCGGCCCCCCGACGUGCUCCCGGACCCCGCUGCUGUCCUCCCGUUCCCCCACCAGAGAGGACCCCUGUUCUCCACCGUGGCCCCCGAGGAGGGUCCGGCACUGACCCCGUCCCCUGUGCUGCCCGGCCUCCAGCCCCUGGCCUUCUCCACGCCGUUCCUACAAGGCGGCCCCAACCCCGGCCUCUCUUCUCCCGUUGCGGGUCCUACUACCACCCCGAUCCCACUGGCCACUUCCCAGACCAGCACUGAUCCCUCGGCUCCUUCCGUCCUGCCCGUAGAGAUGUGGAGAGAAGAAGAAGGAGACGCCAAAGCGGGGACCCUCCAGCAGAAGGCCAGCCCUCACCCGGUGAAGCCCAUCAGCAGCACCUCUGGUUCAGCGGUCAGCAGGGAGGAGAAGCCGCAGCCAGCGGUCAAGGCGGCCCUUGUCCGGAGCUGCAGCGCUGACCGGGAGAAGCUCCAGUCCAGCAGCGUGAAGGAGGCUGUGGUUCCAAUCCUGCAGCUGGGCAAAACAGAAGCUGAAAAGGACCCUUCCUCGGACCCCGCCGCCCAGUACUACCACCUGACACAUGAGGAGCUGGUGCAGCUGCUGCGCAAGCGGGAGGCCGAGCUGCGCAAGGAGAAGGCGCACGUCCGGGAGCUGGAGAACUACAUCGACCGGCUGCUGGUGCGAAUCAUGGAGCAGUCCCCUACGUUGCUGCAGAUCUCCCUCAGAGACGGCGGGGAGGCCAAGCCCCCCGCCAAGUAGCCCACGGCCUUCCAAAAACAACCCCCAGCAUCCCCUUGCACCCCUAUUUCCUCGCUUUGGACACUCCGUGCAAGAGGGACGAAGCAUUGGCCGGUAGCCCACCUUCGAGGUGGUCGCUUUCUCCAUCCUCUUCCCCUUAUACCAGGCAUGGGCCAACUUUGGCCCUCCCUCCAGGUGUUUUGGACUCCAACUCCCACCAUUCCGAACAGCCGGCAGGCUGUUCGGAAUGGUGGGAGUUGGAGUCCAAAACACCUGGAGGGAGGGCCGAAGUUGGCCCAUGCCUGCAUACCAAAUGGUCAGUAUUAUGUUUGUAUUCCUUGCUAGCCCUUUGGAAUCCCAUUGAAAUCGCCCUCACCUCAGUCCUCCUCGGGACUCCGAUGCCCAUCGUCCACUCUUAUUUUUCCCCACUGGGAUUGGAAUCCCACUCGUAGCAAAUGCGGUUGGCAUUUAAACCAGGGUGGGUAACUGGUCUCCCUCCCGUUGUGCUGGGUUGCCAUGGCCAGUGUGGUCAGUCGUCCAACACAACCGCAAAAGGUCACUUUUUGCAACCCAUAGAAGAAGAAGAGUAGUUUUUUUGGCAUGUUUACUGUUCUUCAGCCCUUUCUGGGGCCUGAUAGAUUGGGGAAAAGUCACGGAUUUGGCCAUUGUGUUGGCUUUGGAUUCUCAGUUGGCUUUUUUUGAGCCUUUAUAACAGGCCUGGGCAAACUUCGGCCCUCCUAGUGUUUUGGACUCCAACUCCCACAAUUCCUAACUGUUAGGAAUUGUGGGAGUUGUAGUCCAAAACACCAGGAGAGCCAAAGUUUGCCAGGGCCUGCAUCAGCAGUGUUUCCUUCUUGUUCGGAGCUCAAUUGUUUUGGUUGUUUACUACCUUUGGUUGUUUGUUUACUCCCGCUCUCCUGGCCAUAAUGGAAGGAGACGGGGCCAAAGUCUUCCUUCUCCCCCUUUUCUCGCCUCCCUGUUGCCCUUACGGGGUUUCAUCUAUGGGGUGCCUGCCCCCCUACUCCAUAGGGAAUUGGGGCUCACUUGUAUUACGAGUCUUAUUAGAAGAUGGUUCAUUCAAAAAGAAGAAGCUUGUUCUGUUUUAAGCACUUUAAAUAAAAAAAAAAUAUGGUUGACUUUCUUGCUUA